CCUCACAACUUUUUAAACAUUUAGAUCAUUUUCUUUAAACUUAUUAAAAUGUCUUCCCAACCAACUCAUCAUGAUCCUAAUACCACCUUUCAUCGUGAAUUAUAUUUACCAAUCUUACAUCAAAUUGAAACUCAUUCGAUUCAAGAAUCAAAUCAAGAUCAUCAUCAAAUCAUCAUCAAUGGUUCAAAUCUAUCGAUCUCUGAUUUGAUUCGUAACAUCAAUUCAAAUUCCAUCAAUAAAGGUUUGAAAGUCGUUUUGUCUGAUCAUGUUGAGGUUCAAGAUGGGAUACAAAAAUCUUAUGAAUUCAUGACGGCUCGUACUAACAAGAGUGUUUAUGGAGUGACUACUGGAUUUGGUGCAGCAGCAAAUACCAGAACGAGUGAUGUAGAAGCCUUACAAGUCUCAAUCCUAGAACACUUAUUAGCAGGAGUCCAUGGUUUCGAAACCCAAGACUUAUCCCAGCUCGUUCCAUCAUCCGAUUUAAACCAACCCUUGAACCUUUAUUCGAUGCCCGAAUCGAUUGUGCGUGGGGCGAUUUUGAUCCGAUUGAAUUCUUUGGCUAGAGGUCAUUCGGCUAUCCGAUUGGAAGUUUUGAAUAGGUUGAUGGAUUUGUUAAAUUUAAAUAUCACUCCGAUUGUGCCUUUGAGAGCUUCGAUUAGUGCUUCGGGUGAUUUGUCGCCGUUGUCUUAUAUUGCUGCUGCCUUGUGUGGUCAUCCUGAUGUAUAUGCUAUUGAUCGAAGUAAAUCGCCACCUGUGAUUGCUUCAUCCGCUGAAAUUCUUUCAUCUCAUAAGAUCACUCCUAUCAAACUCGGUGCCAAGGAAGGUUUAGCUCUAGUCAAUGGAACUAGUUUCAGUGCUUCUGCUGCAUCCAUUGCACUUUAUAGUUCUCACUUUUUAGCCAUGUUGUCUCAAGUCUUGACGGCUAUGAUGACUGAAGCGAUGUUGGGUCAAAUCGGUUCAUUUCAUCCAUUUAUUCAUAUCACUGCUAGACCUCAUCCUGGUCAAAUCGAAGUAGCAGAAACGAUUGAUAGAUUAUUGAAAUCGAGUCAAUUAGUCGAUCAUACUGAUCAUGAAGAAAAAGAUGUUAGUGCUGAGAUUUCUAAACAAACUUUGAGACAAGAUCGUUAUCCAUUAAGAACCGCACCUCAAGUAAGUCGAGUUUUGUCAAGUUUGAAUCAAGCCUUUUUGGAUCUCUUGAGGUUGAUUUUUUUUCUUGGAUUUGACGUGGUUUAG